AUGAAAACUGACCUUUCAAUCAUGACUCUCUUCUACUCGCUUAUUUUGCUUUUUGCCGUUUCGGGAUCGAGAGCGCAGGAAACUAACUACGAUUACAAUUUCAACCCGGACGAAAGUUACGAUCCUGGAGAGCCUCAAGAUCCUACUGUUUACGAUUCAGAAGAAAGCUCCCCAGAAUCAUAUUCUUACCUUGAUGUCAGUUCUGAUAGCUCAUCCUCAGAAUCAGACGAUUAUGACUACACAGAUUCAUCUGGAGACCAAAGUAUUCUUAGCCCUGAAGAAUCCUACGAUCAAAUCGUUGAAUCUUUGAACACGACAACGACGGAAUAUCAAGAUGAUGGAUUUUUCGGCGAUAAAUUUAUUCAAAUCGCCAUUUGCGUUGGCACUGUUUUCGGAGUAACUCUUGCCGUCAUUUUCGUCUAUUUCAUCGUCCGCACCGUCCAAAGUGACGACAAGAAAUGCGAAGAAGUCCUCAACGAGUACAACAACAAUAACCAAGACGACCCCGAAAAUCCUCCUGAACCUCAAGAAGAGGAGAGCCCUCGAGAAGCCAAUUCCGAAACGAAAAUCGACGACCCUUUGCUGAAAAAUUCUGAAAGUGCUCCGAAAAAUCCUUUUGGAUGGGCGCUUUUCUACCUGUUCAACAGUUUCAUCUCGCCUCUUCCCUGGACAACAUGCGGCAACGCCUGGAACUCCGACUGCUGCACCACCAACAUUCAAACUAGCGACAACGGUUCGAGCUUUCUCGUCAAGCCAGCCAACUGCAGCGAAAACGUCACCUACCCCGAGUUAGAAUUCUGGAAGCGGAGAAGUCUUCAAGUUCAUGAGUCGCCCGGGAUCGAUGAUUUGGGAGAAAUGCGAUGGGAGCUCAUUGGACUCGUUUUUCUCGCCUGGGUGAUCACCUUUUUCUGCAUUUUUCGGGGAACGAAGAGUACUGGAAAGUCGGUUUAUGUGACUUCUACGUUUCCAUUGGUGAUGAUGAUUAUUUUGAUCAUAAGAGGAGUCACGCUCGAUGGCGCCAUGCAAGGGAUUGAGUUCUAUCUCAAGCCGGAUUUCUCGAAGCUCAAUUCGAUUGAUGUUUGGAUCGAUGCUGGUACUCAGGUCUUUUUCAGCUUCAUGAUUGGCUUCGGGAGUUGCACUGCGAUGGCGUCUUAUAAUGACUUUCAGUACAAUAGCUUCAAGUGGUCCAUUAUUCUUUGCAUCUUGAACGCUUCGGCAUCAUUUUUCUCCGGUUUCGCGAUCUUCUCUAUUUUGGGCUACAUGUCGAAACAGACGGGAAUCGGCGUCGCAGACAUUGCUGAAAGUGGACCUGGCUUGGCCUUCAUCGUUUAUCCUCGAGCAGUGAGCUUGAUGGCGGGAUCGAAUUUCUGGGCGGUCUUGUUUUUUGGCAUGUUGUUGAUGCUCGGCCUCGCUAGCCACUACAUUGGAGUCGAUGGAAUGGUCGCUAUGCUUGCUGAUAUCUACCCAAGCGUCUUCAAAACCUCGAAAAAGGGUCGACCAAUUCUUGUCGCCGCGAUUUCCAUCAUCUGCUUUCUCAUUGGAAUUCCCAUGCUGACCCAAGGAGGAAUCUACGUCUUCCAAUUAUUCGACAAAUACGGCGCUUCCGGAAUGGCAGUUCUUUGGUUUUCCUACUUCUCUUCCACCGCCAUUUCUUGGUUUCAUGGAAUUGGACCGUUUUAUCAAAAACUCGAUAAAAUGUACAAAAAGGAAAUUAAUGUUUUCGCCUUCCCAUGGACGAUGUUUGGCUUUGUGUUGAAAUACUUGACUCCUUUGGUUUGCGCUUUGGUCUUUUUCGGAAAACUUUCGGAUAUGGGAAGAACGACGUAUGACAAAGUCUACGAAUACCCUGCUUGGGCCGAUGCUAUCGGCGUUUUUAUGGCUCUCACGAGCAUGAUUUGCGUGCCGCUCGUCCUCGGAUACGAACUGUGCAACGCCACUGGAGAAACUUUGAAAGAAAAAUGGCAAUUUGCACUAAAAGAACGGCUUCCAGAGCAAACUCUAAAAGCUCUAUCGAAAAUCGAAGAAGAAGAUCGGGAAGAAUCAGAAAACAGCAAUUCUGCAAUAAUAAAACCAGCGCUUGAUUCAAAGACUGAUUUUAUUAAUUGA